AUGCGCCAUCAGUGUCGCCCUCCGCCACAUGGUGGCAUAGCUUAUGCGUGGAGGGCAAUCUCGCUGGAGCGGUUCCUGGCCCUCUUCGGCAUCUGCACAGGCGUCGCGGCGGCGUCACCCGUCGCAUCCGUGUCGUCGUCACUAGGUGCCGUGGUGCAAUCCUCGACGCCGCUCGCUGAGCGGCAGCGUUUCGUCCGCCUGUGCUGGGUGAGGGGCGGUUGUGGUGGCUGCGACCAGUAUGCGCCACAAGUGCGACGUGCCUUGUCUGUCUCCUUCGUUGCCGUGACCGCUGCAGAAGCUCCAUCAGCCCUUGCGUCGUACGCGCGACAUGCCGUAAUUGUGGCAGACCAGGGCCAGCAGUCUGAGGCACAGCACGUCGCCGUGUAUGACGGCGAUGUUGUGAGAGAGGCGAGUGGCGUGGUUGCGGACAUGGGGGAGGCAGCUGAGGAGGGCUAUAUGCCAGAGCGCCACGUGGAGAAUGCAGAGGCGCUCCUGCGAGAGAUGUUUGGGCCCCUGGCGAAACUUGUCCUGCACCGCAUCCCUCAUCGUCGCCGGCCGGCAGCGGCCGCGGCAGAUGCCGAGACGCGCACAGCAACCGAGGAUGAGCAAGCCGAGGCAGACGACGUCGUGAUGCACGACAGUCACGAUGCGGGCGAGGAUGCGCCGACAAUGAACGAUCUAGGGAGUGCGACAGCGCCGCCAGCGCUGCCUCACCCACACCAACAAGAGCAGCAGUUCUACUACCGAGUCUCGGCGACCUUCCGUCAGCUCGGCUUUCCCGUCGAGCUGGCUGUCGCGAACGGCCUGCAUGCAAGGGAAACCAUUGAGGCAUGUCUUCAACAAGCCUUGUCUAGUGAUGUCAAGUUUAUCUCCGUUACCAGCAACCAUGGGCACGCAAACAACCAGCAGCGUCGCUUCGGCAGAGGUAGGGGACGAGGAAGGCACCAGCAGCAUGAACGGAGCAACAUCAACUCGAUAGGGUUCCCAAGUCACGGUGGCAGCGGGGACGGAGCCUCCUCUCGACUUACACCGCACCAGCAAGAGCUGAAGGCCAUCAUGAGCGACCUGCGGCAGCUCUGCGCCCAUUUUAGCCGCACGGUCAAGUUUUCUGUGAAGCCACCACUCCAGGCGAGCAUGUCGCACUUCCCUGCGGAGGGGGUAGGCGCUGCGACGGCUGAGGUGAUGGCGAGGCCGUGGCGCUGCCGCUGCUAUGUCAAGGAGGAGUGGAGUACUUCACCCCAGGCUCGACUUGCUUACGAAGCAUGCGGCAGUAGCCCCAACGACGCCUUUGUCCGCUGUGUCGUAGAACUUCGGCGACAGUACAGGGACGAGAUGGACUCCACAGGCGUGACUCAGGAGGGCGUGCGUGAGGUGGCGGCGCUUGUACAGGGACACCGAAAGACAGUGACAGCGACCUGGAAGGAGGAAACUGCUGGUGGCAUGUCGGGGGCGACGACCGCAGAAAGCAACUCGGAGGAGCAGGCGCAAGACGGCGCAUCUGCGACGCGGGCGACAGCGCAUGCGAGCUCGUUCAGCUCUCUGACGCAGCCGCCUACGUACAGUACCCAGCUGCAGUUAACGGACGCGCGAGGGAACACCGCCGUGUACAACGCACGCCGCCAGGCCUCACCGUACGUCGGAUACCAGACAGCGGCGAUGAGCGCCAUUCGUUCGGAGAGCGCGUGGGACAGCGAGGCACACUUGCUAUCUGAGAGGUUGGAGCCGGCGCCUUUGCUGUGGCGGCUGCGGUGGCAGUUCGACAUGCUGGUGGAUCACAUCUGCCGUGUAACAGGCAAGCCGCCCUUGGAGGUUGCUUGGAUUAAGUUGGGUGGCACCGGCGACGACGGCGGUGACGCCGAGCCGGCGAAGCAAGAGACCAACGGCACUGCAAUGACUGACAGCGGUGCGGCUCCCACGCGCCCCCCGACCGACACCCCUGUUAACCUCCCCAUCGUCUUCACCGGAUCCCUCUUUGUUGAAAAUAAUGCACUGGCGUGGCAGACGGCCGGGAAGGGGCGGUAUCGCGUGGAGUUCGACACCUAUGUUCAGGCUGUGUACUACCUGCUGGACCAGUAUGGCGACUGCCUAAGCGCACUCCCAUGCAUGGCUGCUGGGCAAGGCGAGGGUCUCCUGUUUCCCAGUGCUGGCGUGCUGGAGCUGCAGGUGCUGCGGCACGACACGUUUCCUAUCCUGAAUCACCACCGGGGCAAGUGGAACUGCUACGCGAUUCUGGGCUCGAUUACUAUGCACCUGCUUGGUUGCCCCUUCCAGACCCAUUACCACUUUGACCUCGCGACGAAGGAGUGGGUGUCGACGGUGACCGUCAACAAUGGCCGGCAGUCGAGUUACCCUCUCUCGCAGCGCCGCUCUAAGAUGAAAGGAGAGGCGUGGCGAUAUGCGUGUCUCGACGCCAUCCGGGACAACUUCCCUCGCCAAUACGCCGCUGUUCUAGAGAAGCACCCUGAUGUUGAUCUCUCUGCUGACAACGGGGCACGCGGGCAGCGCUACCGCGCAUUGCCUCGAGAAAAACGUAUCGCGCACAUGGGCAGCUUCGUAGCCAUGGUAAUGACCUUCGCCGAGGAGGAUCUAGGGUGGAGGCAGCCGCGUGUCCGACUUCGCAACUUGUCCGGAGAUCUUGGCCUACCGCAGUGGAUUGCCGAGAUGGAGGCCCAGGUGGAGGGGGAGGAGGAGCGGCGCGUGGUGGCCGUCUCGCCAGCCUUCUUGCAGGUGCGGCAGGCGCGCAAGUCCCUGUUCUUCCGACUGGCGAAGCAGUACUUUCCGAAAGAGUUGAAGACUUAUCAAUCCCUGAACCGCAACGAUAGCGAUGACCCUGAGAUGGACAUCAACGUACGCCGCACAAGACUCUACGACCCCAAGAGCAUUUUUGACGGGUCGAUGCUGAGGCACGUCACCUCACUGAUGGAGCGCGACCAUGCAACGAUUGCCCCGAUAAAGGUCACCUUAGAGGCGCGCGCACGCCAGCAGGAUCCACACGGAACUGAUGCAGCGAUCGGGCAGUCGAUAGCAGGCGACGACCUUGAUGACAUGGAGCUCGACAUCAACUACUCGGAUGGAGAUACGUGGCUUCUGCUCAGCCAGCAGCCAGAGAUGCUGCUGCGCCCCCUGAGCCUGUCGUACAGCGCACAAGUCCUGGGCGAGCGCGGCAACGUCCUGAUCGCUGACUACGACUCCAGUCGCGCCACCACACCGGCCGAUGCGGAGGCCAUUCCGGUACUCGUGACGGCACUCAAGUCUGCUUCCUGCCACCUCGCCGGUGCGGACGCGGAGACGCUAUGGACGGAGUACGAAACCUACCCGGUGACUGGCGCCGGCUCUAACCGCGAGCUGUCCAUCGCUCUCUUUGGGGCGUUCUUUGGGCACAAUGCGAAUGUCGCGGUGGAGGCAGCGACUCCAGCAGCAAGCAGCGCGGAGGGCGAACCGGCGCGAGCAGGUGGCGUACCCUCUCUCGGGGUAGCUGAUCUACCGGAUGCCAUGAACGACCCCGCCGCGCCGGUGAACGUGAUCGUGACUGGGGUGGGGAGCUACUGGUUUGGCACUGUCGUCCUCCCGCGCUUCGGUAUGUUGCCGAUUGCCAGAGCGGUCGCCACAUCCAAGCGCCGGUGUGUUCGAGACGCCCUCACGCUGGCAACUCGCCGCAGCUUUCCACGCGUGUUGCAGUACAUUAUCAAACGUGACAUGGCGUCAGCAACGGUGGCGACCGAAGUUCUCUCCGAGCCUAUCAUCGAGCAGCUCCCGCCCGAGGUCUGCCGCGACGUGUUGGCACAGCUUGCCAAAGCCAGACGCAACCAGCCGCCGCCGCCAUUUCGUCUGCUACUGCGCUGCAUGAAGUCGGCAUAUCCGCUGCGUGACCACCGCAUCCGCGUUCAGAGCUCGUACGACACAACGCACGGGUUCCAGUAUCGCCUCUACCUCCAGCGUGGCUUGAUUGUGCGGCAGGGCAGCACACAGCUGGUGGGAUACGGCGCCUCCACCUCGACCCAGUCAGAGGCAUUGUACCGUGCCGCCGUGAUGGCGCUGGAGAACCUCUUCGAAACAGCCCUGCACGCAGCCGAGACAAUGCAGCCGGGCUACCGCUCGCUAAGUGCGUCAGACCCUCAACGACCGUGA